ACUUCACGAAAUUGACUGGCCGCCAACCGGUUAUAACCAAUCAUUGAGAGCUGCAUUUUAUCAUACGAGGAAACAAAUCCACUUCUCUCGCGAUAAAUUUGACUUUUCGUGUCACUUUGUUAUAAUGAUAUGAGAGAUUAAAUCAAAACGAUAUUUAGCGUUAUUUGUAUGUCUAUCUGACAUCUGAAAUAGUUAAUCACCAUUGUUAUUUUAUCGCUUGUUUCACAAUGGUCUCAUCGUGGAAGAGAUGGGUAUUACGAUACUUUGGAAGUACAAAAAAUUUCUUGCUAUGGAUAUUUUCUGUUCUGGCUGCACUUUACUUUAUCGACCACUUUAUUUUAACGAAAGAUAGACUAAACUCAUUGUUAAGGGAAGAAAAUAGCAAAAAACCUGCAGAUCAUAAUCGUUUUGGACCAGAACAUACUAUUUAUAAUAAUAAUAAUAUCAACCAUCUAGCAAAGAGUGAACCUGGUUUGUGUGGGAUAAAAGAAACGUGUCCAGCGGGGAAAUAUCGAUAUUUUAUUAAAUCAGGUCAAGGUGAGUUCAAAUUUGACUUGUGACAACGUUUGUGUUCUCAUAUUGCGAUGCUAUCUCUCCGCCGCCCAAGUGAAUUUUUAUAAGAAUGAUAUUCCCAAAUCAGGUAAAGAUAUAGCUCCCAGAAUAUGCUUCAAUGGAAUCGAAGUGUAUAACAACGAAGAAGCGAAAAAACUCGGGCGAGAGCCGGCAAGGGGAAUUAACGUUGCAGUUUUUGAUGAAAAGACGUUACGUCUUACUUUUGCUAGAACUUUUGAUACUUAUGAAAGUGAUGUAGAACUAAUAAGAUUUUUCCAAAUUGGAGGAAUAUCUGGUAAUGCAAUAGUUUUAGCAACCAGCUUUGAUGAGGCAUCGAAAUCUUUAACUAAAGAUGCUAGGGAGAAUUGGAGUAUGUUGGGUAGUACUGUUUUAGACAAAUUAGACUUUAGGGACAACUUUGCAAUGAUAGGACAAAGAGGCUUAAGUCAUGGUACUGCAAUAGAACAGGUAGAGAAGGGAAAUUCUGAAGUAGGAACAUAUGGAAAUAUUGUCACAUUGUUCGGAUGUAUUUCUGUACCAAUGGGACAAUUGUUAGAUCUACAAAAACUAUACACAGCGAAACCUGCUUUACCAGGAAGUCAAAUUGGUGAAACAAUGAGUAACUGUGGCGUCCCAAAAGACUGUGGUAAAUCGGCUUUUGCAGUUCAUCUGUACUCUGGAAAAGGAAACGAAGAGUCACCUAAAAUUUGUAUUAAUGGAAAAUAUGUAUUUGCAAAGGAUUUAAAUGAUGCUGGCAGAGGAUUUAACAUUGCUAUAGUAAAUCCAAAAACAAAAUCUUAUUCUCGAAUUGGAAGAUUUGAUACCUAUUUACAAGAUAGCAGUAAUUUAGAAAUAUUCCUAGAAAUGUUAAAUGAAGGAGAUAUAAUUCUAGCAGUUGUUAAUGAUGAUGCCUCUAGGAAAUUAACGGAAACUGCUCGGCGUCUCUUCUCAGACCUUGGAAGUGCAAUGAUUCAAAAUUUAAAAUUCAGAGAUUCUUGGAUAUACAUAGGGCAAAAGGGUUUGGACGGUUUCGGUGAAACAGAGCAGUUUUGUUUAGAAAAAGUAUUCGUAUAUCUGGAAUUCGCUGGUCCUAAUGGAAAAUGGCCAAGAGUGAUUGAUAAAAGGCUAUGCGUUUCUACAAAACUUAAGGGAACAAAGAUUCGACCCGAUCCAAUGUCGAGGAAAAAUGAGAAAAGACGAAAAUUUUGUAGUAAAUACGAUGGCUACGAAGAUUUCUGCGAAGGACGAAUCGAUGAACCAUUGACGCCUUCUCCAUUGACCGAUGGAACAAUGGGAAAUAAUCCAAUAUUUGAUAUUCCAAUAGUUGUUGUUCCUGGAUUAAAUCAGAAUACUCUACGAAUGCAGCUGGAAACGCUAUUAAUGCAACCUGGAUUAAGAUCUAACAAAGUAACAGUUAUGUAUGAUGAGAAAUUCCCCGAAGCAGGCGAAUUAGCCGAAUUAUUCUCCUUCAAAACUUAUAAAUUGACCAGUAGCACUAAAUAUUCCGUUCAAAUACAAAAGGCUCUGGAGAAUAUAUGGAUUUUAUAUUCAUCUGCCAAACAUGUAAUCAUAUUGGAAGAAGAAGUUAUUGUUUCACCAGACUUUCUCCUCUUUCAUUCUCAAUUACUACCAAUUUUGGAAAAAGAUCAUACUCUUGUCGGUACAAACUCUUGGAAUCCGAACGGAUUUAAAGGUCAUUCUAUCGCUAAUAGUUUGGUUACGAGAAGCAAUUUUUUUCCCGGUUAUGGAUUUUUACUUAAACGAUCGUACUACGAAGCCUUUAUGCAGAAAAACUUUGAAGAGUGCUGCUCCAAGAGAUCGUGGAAUACGUGGGAUAUUCAAGCAGGAUAUGAAGUACUGGUUCCUGAUGUAUCGCGUGUCUUUCGUCGACCUUUCGAUGGCCUAAGCCAGCAGGCAAAUAUGCUGAGCGAAUUUCUAAAUCGCGAUCGUGUAACGAAUAUAGAAUCAAAAGUUACUUUAAAAAAUACCGAGAUAUUACAAAGAAAUGCUUAUAUAGCUUACAUGAAGUCUCGAAUCAAAUCGGCUACAGUGCUAGACAUAGCAAACUCUGAAGAUUGUUUGACUGGCAAAGGUCUCGGUUUCUACAUUCCCGCCAAAGGCGGAAUAUAUACUAUAUACUUUGAACAAACUUCGAAACACUCACAUUGGAUUCUGAAUCAACUAUGCAGGUGCUUUGGAUUAUUUUCUGUAGCAGGUUACAACUGUCCUGGUUUACAUGAGAAUACACUAAGAUUUACUCAAGGUGGUAGUGAGAUAAUACUAGUCGGUUCGAACUCAAUAUACUACAGCUUAAGAGGAUCAUCUAAGGCAGUUCAUUUGAUUUAA